AUGUCAGCUCCAAAGGCAGAAGCUCCUCUGGUCUCAGCGGCAUCCAGCCCCUCUGGGCUCCAUGAGCUCUUAGAGGUGCACAAAGAGAGGCCUCUCAGAUGUAGAGUAGAGGUGGCAACGCACACAGCAAAGAACUGGGGCGGCAGGCAUGAGAACGAGGACCGAUGCAUGGCAGUUCACGACUGCCUUGGAGAUUCUCGUAUUCCGUUUCACACAGUGGGCGUCCUAGACGGUCACGACACGGACUCCGCAUCCGACUUGGUCGCGAAACUGCUUCCAGUUGCGGUCGGCAGGCGGAUGAAGGAAGGUCUUCCAAUCAGCCAGGCCUAUAUGGAAGCCAUGGCUGAGAUGGAAGAAAGACUCAAAAAUGAGCACGCGACUGCUGGUACGUGUGUGAACAGCUGCACAAUUGCUGCGGGCCGUGUCUGGUGCGCAAACCUCGGCGACUGCCGGGCAGCCCUUGUGCUGCUUGAGGCAUCUGCCACGGCGAGCGGCGCAGCUAAGGCAGAAGUCCUUAUGUGGUUAUCCCGCGACCACAAGGCCAGCUGCCCGAUAGAGCAGAAGAGAAUCGAGGCGGUUGGUGGAUCUGUCAUAGACGGAAGAGUCGAGGGCCUGGAACCUUCCAGGACUCUCGGGGAUUUCGAUGUAAAGAUGACGGUGAAGCCAGGGGUCAUCUCCAUCGUGCCUGAGGUGCGAAGUGUGGAGGUUGAUGCUGGUUCCACUUCCGCUGGCCGGCGUGGAAUUUUAAUGUGUGCCACUGAUGGCGUUUGGGACGUGAUGACCGGGCAG